AUGGCUGAAACUAUUCAGGAAUUGCAACCGAUCGAGACUCGGUUGUUCAUUAACGGCGAAUUUCGCAACUCUUCAAGCGGCAAGACGUUUGACAUCAUAUACCCUUAUACUCAAGAUGUCGUUGCAAAAGUCCAGGAAGCGGAUGUCAAAGAUGUCAAUGACGCUGUAGACGCCGCCGAAGCAGCAUUCCCCGCCUGGAGAGAUCUCGGCGUGGAUCAACGCGGGGAAUACCUACGUAAACUGUCCGAUCUCAUCCAGGAAGCUAUCCCAGAGCUAGCCAAGCUCGAGACGCUGAGCACCGGUCGCCCGAUCUCGAUUUUCCCGGAUGGAGCAAUGGCCGCAGAGCAAUUCAGAUAUCUCGCCGAUUACGCCUGGACUGUACAGGGUACGGCUAGUACCAACACACCUGGAACCUUUUCAAUGACUGUUAAGGAACCAUACGGCGUGGCUGGGCUGAUUAUCCCGUGGAACUUCCCAUUGGCGAGCUUUGCUGGAAAGAUGGCACCUGCUCUAGCUGCUGGUAACACUGUGGUGCUGAAGAGCAGUGAGAAGGCCCCAUUGACUUCACUCUAUAUGGCCAAAUUGAUUGAGAAGGUCGGCUUCCCACCAGGUGUCAUCAAUGUUCUCUCCGGCUACGGUACGCCGACCGGCUCAACCAUUGCCGAGCAUAUGAAAGUUCGCGCAAUCAGCUUCACUGGGUCCUCGAUGACGGGCAAGAAGAUCCACGCCGCUGCAGCGAAGUCUAACCUGAAGCCUGUCCACGUGGAGCUGGGCGGCAAGUCACCUGCCAUUGUCUUCGAAGAUGCGGACCUACAAUCUGCUGCUCAUCAGUGCAUGUUCGGUAUCCAGUUUAACAGCGGACAAGUGUGUGUUGCUAACUCGCGCGUCUACGUGCACGAGUCCGUCAAGGAGGAGUUCACAAAACAUUUCCUGGAGGCAUUCGCUAGCGUCAAGAUGGGUGAUCCGCUUGAUCCUACUACACAGCAUGGUCCGCAAAUUGAUUAUCUGCAAUACAACCGUAUUAAGGAGUAUCUUGCUAUCGGUGAGAAGGAGGGUAAGCUUACUCUGGGCGGGGAUGCGAACGAUGGAUUCUUUGUGAAGCCUACUGUCUUUGAGGGAUUGGAGGAGAGCUCGCGAGUCAUGAAGGAGGAGGUCUUUGGACCUGUUGUGGCUCUUCAAUCCUUCCAGACGGAGGAAGAGGUUAUUAAGAAGGCUAACGACACGGAGUUUGGGCUCUAUGCAUCGGUCUUUACCAAGGACAUUGAUCGUGCAAUUCGUCUGUCCAAGGCUCUGCAGGCGGGCACGGUCGCAGUCAAUUGCACUACCCCAAGCUAUACAAAGGAUGGUGCAUUUAGUGGUUACAAGAUGAGUGGUAAUGGCCCGCAGGGUCUGCUGUAUAGCCUUGAGAACUUCCUCCAGACAAAGACCAUUCUCAUCAAGUCGAAAUAG